AGGAGUUCGAGUCGCUGCGGCAGGGCCUCAAGGACAUGGAGGUCUCCGUGGAGGGCCAAGAGGCCGCCGUCCGCGACAUCCGCCAGCUGCAGUCAGCCCUGCAGGAGCGCUUCGACCUGCAGUCGGAGAGCGUCGACAGGUCGCUCGAGAGCCUCCGGCGCAAGCUGCCAGGCGACGGGGUGCAGUCCCAGGACGGCGACAUGACCGAGACCAGGCACGUAUCGCGUUCCUCGAGCGCCACGCCCAUGGGCACCGGCGACUCGUCCGUGCUGCGCGCCAGGGCCACCGUGGAGCUCCAGGCCACGCUCGCGCAGGAGCGCGCGGAACGUGCCGCGAUGCAGGAGCGCCUGGAGUCGUUCGUGAGCCGCAUGGAGCAGGCCGAGGGUCAGCUGAGGGGGCUCGCGGGCAGGCCAGAGAUCGAGGAGCAGCUGGUUACCAUCUCGCACAGCCUGACGCAGGCGGAGUCCAAGGCAAGGGUGCAGCAGGCGCUUCUCGAGCAGCAGGAGGCGGGCCGCGAGCUGGAGAGGCAGGCGCUGGAGGAGCUCGUGCGGGCGCUGCUGGCCGAGGAGACGGGCUCCCGCAGGGCGGAGCAGGCGUCGAUGCAGGAGCGUCUCGACGCCAUCGAGGCCGCCCACAGCACGGCGGCCAAGCUGGCCGGGCCACUGGGCGGGCGCAUCGCGUGGCAGCGGGGUGAUCGGAGCGAGGUCAGCGAGACCGAGGAGGCCAUGUGCAAGCGGCUGACCUCCCUAGAGGAGCGCCUCGCCGCGGAGCCCGCCGGCACCGACGAGAGGGCGGAGGCCCUGGAACGACUGGUGAGCGAGACGGACGCGGCCAUGGGGCAGCGGCUGCGGGCGCUGGAGCGGCAGAUCGGGGAGGCCGACGUGGACGGGCUGCUGAGCCGCUCGGAGGCGCUGGAGCGGCUGCUGCAGGAAACCGACGCGACGCUGGGGGAGCGGCUGCGGGUGCUGGAGCAGCAGAAGCAGGAGACCGACGCGACGCUUGGGGAGCGGCUGCGGCUGUUGGAGCAGCAGCAGGAGGCCGGCGCGACGCUGGGGGAGCGGCUGCGGGUGCUGGAGCAGCAGAAGCAGGAGACUGACGCGACGCUGGGGGAACGGCUGCGGGUGCUGGAGCAGCAGAAGCAGGCGACGACCUACGUGGAGAUCUGCGCCGAGAUCAAGAGGCGCUCCGAGGGCGGCAUGAAGGGAUACUUGGGCUACUGCGACGAGGCUCUCGUGUCCUCGGAGUCCCGCGCUGGGGUGGGCGUCCGGGUAGCUGGGAGCCCCACGAGGAUGUCCACGGGGAGGGAAGGAGCUGGGGAGUGCUGCUCCGAUUUGGCUUCGCUCCGUAGCCGUUUCGACUCGAGUCGUUUUUGUUGGCAGUCCUGCCACGAUUUUGCGCAGCCUCGUCAGAGCCCCUUCGUCGGUAGCGCCAUGGCGCUGUGCGACUCCGUGUCCUGCUUCGUGGGCGUCCCCGCCGCCCCGGCCCAGCGCCCUUCGCCGGCCCUCCGCGCCUCCCUCUCCGAGCCGCGCGUCGAGAGCGGCGCGAGCUCGGGCUUCACCGCCGCCGCCGCGUGCUCGCUCGUGGCGGCUGGCGUCGUGGGCGCGGCCGCGAGCCGCCGUCGCUCCUCCGCCAAGGUGGCCAGGCAGGCGGUCGGUGUGGGCAUCAACGGCUUCGGGCGCAUCGGGCGCCAGGUGGCCCGCAUCGUCAUGAAGGACCCGGAGACGGAGCUGAAGCUCGUGAACGCGAGCUACGACGCCGAGUACGACGGCACCAUCGAGGUCGACGGGGACUCCUUGGUGAUCGAUGGCCACAAGGUGGCCCUGUCGCACACCCGCGACCCGGCUGAGAUCCCUUUCAAGGAGCACGGGGCGGAGUACGUCUGCGAGUCCACCGGCGUGUUCCUGACCGACGAGAAGAUCCAGCCGCACCUCAAGGCGGGCGCGAAGAAGGUCGUGUUCUCGGCCCCGGCCAAGGACGACAGCCACACCAUCGUGAUGGGCGUGAACCAGGACACCUACAAGAGUGACAUGAGUUGCGUCUCGUGCGCAUCGUGCACCACCAACGGCCUCGCCCCCAUGGUGAAGGCCAUCAACGACGCGUUCGGUAUCAAGCGGGGCCUGAUGACUACUAUCCACGCCAUGACCGCGUCUCAGCCAACCGUGGACGGUGCGUCGAAGAAGGACUGGCGCGGUGGCCGUGCGGCAUCUGGCAACAUCAUCCCCUCCUCCACCGGGGCGGCCAAGGCGGUGGCGAAGGUCGUGCCGGAGGUGGCGGGCAAGCUCACGGGCAUGGCCUUCCGCGUGCCCACGAUCGACGUGUCGGUCGUGGACCUCACUUGCGAGCUGGAGAAGGCGACGACCUACGAAGAGAUCUGCGCCGAGAUCAAGCGGCGCUCCGAGGGCGACAUGAAGGGGUUCUUGGGCUACUGCGACGAGGCCCUCGUGUCCACGGACUUCGAGACGUGCCCCAUCUCCAGCACCUUCGAUGCCAAGGCGGGCAUCAUGCUGGACUCCACGUUCGUGAAGCUCGUGGCCUGGUACGACAACGAGUGGGGCUACUCGUGCCGUGUUGUUGACCUGAUCAAGCACAUGGCCAAGGUCGAUGGAGCAUAA